CUCGAACGAACCAAGACAACAAAACAAUGAGAAGGCGCUCCAUUGUAAAUCCACGACUUUUCACACUUUUACAUCGACAGGGCAUGCAUGACGGUUUCUGAACAAUCUCACUCCUGGGCCUCGAGGGCAUACUAGGCUUGGACUCUGUUUGAUUGCGCAUCAUGGACGACAACGGUCAUCAGCGGUUUGGGCAUACAUCUUCCGACGACGAGGGCUCAGCCAACUCUCUCCCUUGCAUUCCAACCAUGGCGACACCGUGCUGCUGUGGGAACGACGAGUGCGCAUUCCAGCAACAGAACAAUGAGGCCUUUGCUUCAUUGGACGAGAAUCUGCGCAAAGCCGGAAGGCUGGGCAAGGCCCUUUUAGUACGCCAUGAAGCCUAUGUGGCCGAGGCCGAAGAGCAAAAGGCUCUCAUGGACGCCGAGAUAUCGCGCAUGACUGAGGAAAAGAAGGAACUCGAAGCCAACAACUCGACCCUGAUUGAAGAGAACCGUAAUCUGCUUGACCAACUCGAGGGUCUUAACAAUGCUGCCGUCGAAUCGGAUGCCCAAACCCAAUCGCUUACCGCUACACUACAAUCUACUCAAGCCGAACUACAACGACUAAACUCGCUCGCCGCCCGGACGGAAAGACUGGAACGCGAAAUCGAAGAAUACGAACAAGAACAAUCUAUACUACAUGCAUCACUCUCGUACAAGACUGAGUCCGAAAGGUCGGCGACAUUACGAUGGCAGGAGGCAGAGAGGAAGUUGGCUGCCAUGGAGAACCAGCUGGAAAGGAUUGAACGUGAGGCAAGAGACGACAAGGAACGACACGUUGAGAUUGUUGGACGCAUGGAGAGGCAACGCGUGGUCGAGAAGGAGCUGGAGACGUCUGCUGGCCGACUGAAGGGUGCUGCCGCCGCGAAGACAGCAAAGCAUGGUAGCACUGUUGUCUCGCACUUCGUCAAGGACAUUCUUCAGGACAACGUGAACCUACAAGCUGGCAUCGCCGAACUGCGUGAGAUGCUCGACAACUCGAAUGAACAAGUUGAAGCCCUCCGGGAUCAACUCGCUCAGUACACGCCGACAGACAUCCCUUCCGACGUCGAACUACCCACACCGUCAACACGUCCUUCAAACCUGGAAAAGGAAAUCAACCGAGCCAGCACGCAGGAGCUACAUGUUCACCACCAUUACCACGCCCCCGCAGAGCAUUCAAGGAAAGCUAGUCUGACGCUACGCCGACCAAAGAAGAAGCGCAACGUCCUCGCUUCUGGUGUCUUCACGCCUUCCACAGGGUCACGUACACCACGCUCUUCUAUUUCUGCAGUCAGCCCGUAUACCCCCUCAUCAACAGCCGCCAUCCUUUCACAAACUGCUGCCAGCAUCCCACACCGUAACGUGAAUCGCUGGUCAAUGCAGUCUCACAUGACGACAAGCUCCAUGCUUAGUUCACCUCAAUCAAUUUAUCCGCCAUCAUCUAUCUGGGACCGCGACGACUCCUUGAUAGAUUCAUCUCGCCCAACUACUCCUGAUAGUGAGGCACCGAGCUCGCCCUACUUCAUCCCGCAUCAGUCCAAAAGGUCUUCAUCAGGAUCCUAUUUUCGUGCCUUGCCACAACCGGCUUUUCGUGAUGGCGCUUCAGAUCGCUUUGAAGAUUAUGACCAGUCUCCCUACGAAUUUCCUGCUGAUGGCCAAGGACGAUUCGAGGAUCAAGCAGCUGCAGGAGGUCAUGGUGCAAUUCUUGAAGAAGACGAAGGGAAUCAUAUGGAUCCUGCUGUGUCAUCACCUGAUCAGGGUCGUGCUCAUGUGCCUUCUUUCAUUGACGACACUGAGAUCUCGACUUAUACUCGGCCAACGAUCAUGGAUGAAAGCAUUUACACGCGCCCUCGGCAUCGCCGGGCUGCUUCGCAUGAAUCCUUGAUAUCCGUGUCUGGCAUGGAUAUUCACACCCUCCAAUCCCGUCCGUCACAGCUAUUAACAGCCCAAAGUUCGCGAUCCUUCUCAUCACAAGCCUCUGUCACAGCCACGCUUUCCUUGGCACAUGCUGCUAGACCUGCAUUAAUGACAAGGACUUCGAGUAGUAGUCGUAGUAUACUAGAAGGAGUGGCGGCUGAACACAAGGCUUCUAGUACGCCGCCAAAGGGCCUCGGCCAAAGAGUAGGCGGAUGGGUGUUUGGAAAAUGGGGAUCCACCCCCACACCUACAGUAACCGUCUCUGCUCCGAUGGACCACAUCAAAGUCGACAAGAAACGCAUGUCGACUACAGCCAGCAAGCUACGACCUGCAGGCAUCAACCAAGCCGGACCCAUCUUUGGAUUCGGUCCGGAGCCACAACUACCUCGUGAGCCUGUCCUCAAGACUCUUAAUGAAGAGGAGUUGUGGCAAUGCUUGAACGAAUGAUCUCCACCACCACGUUUCAGUCUUUUCACAUUUCCUUGAUAUGCUUUCUUUCUCCCUGGACGACUUUACCCACAUGCCUGUCCCCUCAUUUUACUUCUAAUCAUUUAUCUCUCUUUUGUACAGCAGGCCUCAUCUAGGUGGAUGCUUUUUCAUGUCUUCUUCGAUACCCCAUUACGUUUAACUCUGGAUCUUGGGUUUCUCCAUCUACUUUGGAAGAAUAGGCUGGGUGUUUUAGCCACAACUAAUUGCAUAACGAACCUUCGCUUCUCUACUCCGCA